AUAUGUUUUUUGUCGUUAUUUGUGAACACAUUUGAAGUCAAUAAAUGUCUAAACGUUUGACUCAAUAAUCAAAUCAUUUGUCAAACGAUUAGUUGAAAACUCAAGACUGACUGCAAUGUCGGCGACACAAGAGUUCAUUGUUCGGGUCCCGAGGGAAAUCAACAAGAAGUUCAAUGUCAUGCGUUUUGGAUCAGCUCCUAAAGUAGAGCCUCAUAAGUGGAAGUCAUGUCAAAUGUACCGUCAAAAUGAUGUCAAAGAUGUCAAGACUGAAACAACAGAGUCGGAAAUAACUGAAUUCGGCGCCGGAUCUGAGUUUGGACGCAAAAAACGCGAAGAAAUGAAACGCAAAAAAUACACAAAGAAAGUGAAUGUCGGACACCAGCCAUGGAUUCUCAAGACUGGAGUCAAAAAUUCAAAGAAAUUUAAAGGCAUACGAGAGGGCGGUGUCUCUGAAAAUGCUUCAUAUUAUGUCUUUUUUCAGGCGCCCGACGGUGCUUUUGAAGCAUUUCCAGUCAAAGAGUGGUACAAUUUUUCACCGAUUCAGACAUACAAGGCUUUAACAGCUGAAGAAGCAGAAGAAAAGUUUGUAGAAAGAGAUAAGAUAUUGAACUUUCAUUUAAUUAUGAUUAAUAAGAGACGUAAAGAUGAAGAAUUGGCUGAAAAUAGUAGUGAAACUAAAGUUAAAGUCGAAAAAUCUUUCAAAGUUUCUGAUAUGGAUGACUGGCAUGACUUAGACUCGGAUAAUGAAAGAAGUGAUUUGGAUAGAAGUGAUGAAGACGUCAAACCAAAAAUAAAGAAAGAGAAAAAAGGAGCAAAAGCUAAAAAACGAACGAAUAAAAAGAAGAAAAAGGGUUCGGAUGAUGACGACGACGAUGACAGUGAACCCAUGGAAGAGAGUGAUGAGGGAGACUUUGAUGAUAAAGAAGUCGAUUAUAUGUCCGACACUUCGAGUUCGGAAGAGUCGGAAAAUGAAAAAAUCGAUAAAGACUUGAAAGGUGUUGAAGACGAAGAUGCCUUAAGACAAUUGGUUAUAUCAGAUGAUGACGAAGAAGUUGAAAAAGAUGAAGAUAAAAAUAAAAAUAAAGAAACCGAAAGUUCAAAGAAUGUCGAAAGAGGCGGAUCUGAAACGGAUAAGAAAUCUAAGUUUAAAGACAAACUCACAGCUAAUUUUGAUUCUCCGCCGCCGUCUUCAUCUGAUUCUGACUCUGAAGAUCCCGAUGCAGUCGACGACAAGAAGUCAGCACUUUUAGCACCUGUUAAAGUUGAAUCCGACAAAAGCAGUCGUGGCAGCAGUCGAUCUGCUACUCCAACCGCUAAUUUAGAUAUUGGCGGCACUUCUUCUAAUAGUGAGACAAACAAAUUGAAACGAAAGACAUCAACUAAUGAUUUGUCAAAUACUAAAAAACCGAAACUUUCUGGUGAUGUCACGGAUGGUAUUACUGAAGAUGCUGUUCGUCGCUAUCUUAUGCGUAAACCAAUGACUUGUGCUGAUCUUCUCCAGAAGUUUAAGAAUAAAGUUAGUUUUAAAGGAGAUUUAGUUCAUACAAUCGCACAGAUUUUAAAACGUUUGAAUCCAGAAAAGCAAACCAUUAAAAACAAACUUUAUUUCUCAUUAAAACCUUCUUAAUUGUGAUUUUAUUUUUAAUUUAUCAUUUUUAUUAAAAAAAUGAUUUCACUUUAUAUGCUUUAUUAUAAUUAUUAAAUAUUAUUGUUUUACAAU